AUUUUGCGACAGUAAUAACAACGUUUUUUCUCUUUUGACACAAAAGGGAUGAGAUGCCCGUUUUAUUUAUUUAUUUUCAAACAAUGAUCCAUUAAAUUUCGAAAAGAAAGUUUGAUUGUCAACUAACUUUUUUCCCCAUAAUCUGAAAUUUCGAGGCUGCUUGCUGCAUUGUUAUAUUACAAGCACAGGGUCCUCGUGUUGCUUUUUUGUGGUGACCACAGGCGACCCAUACUAAUAAGGUCUCAAAGUAAAUACCAGCGCAGGAGAUCUAAUGUAAAUUUUGCUUGUCAGAGCGUCGUAGGUAAUAAAUAAGACGGCUAACCAAUAGUGUGCAGGAGGCUGGCUAACCUUAGCCUCCCCAGCCCCAAUUGAGGGCUAUGACCAGUCGCCUUUGAUUAUCAGUUGCCAACAGCCCCUCUCUUGGCUCCUUGACAUGAGCUCCAUAUAAGGCAGCGAUCUCCAUAGAAACGUGUCAGUUUCAAUAGUAGUGUCAAAGUUCACUAUAUACAGACAUUCGCGCAGAUCCCCCUUUCGGAAAAAUUGCUCCGCUAGUCUUCCCGUUUAAACGCAUUCAUUUUGUCUCCCCCUUGCAUAUUCUAUUAGUUGUUUUUUCUUUCCUCUCUUUCUCUCUCCACUCCGCAUGAGAGGUGAAAAUAGGGCGCUUUAACGUCGACCGUCCUUUUUUUUGUCCUGGACAAAAAAAAAUAAUCCGUGCGAUCAACUUGUUUUCCCGCACUUUUUGGGCCCGAGAUAUGGCAAUGGUAGUUAGCAGUUGGCGAGAUCCUCAGGACGACGUGGCCGGAGCUCAGGGCGGUCAGUCUGCACAAACGCAGCCGAGCCAGCAGCAACCACAGCAGCAGCAGGCGGCGUCGGCUGCUCCCCAUACUCCGCAGACCCCGGGCCAGCCCGGGCCGCCCUCCACCCCGCUCGGAGCCAGCAGUCACAGCGUCCAGCCUGGCGGCGAGAAGCAGCAGCCCUGCCAGCAGCAACAGCAGCACAUCGAGUGUGUGGUGUGCGGGGAUAAAUCCAGCGGAAAACACUACGGCCAGUUCACUUGCGAGGGCUGCAAAAGUUUCUUCAAGAGAAGUGUUCGGAGAAACUUAACGUACACAUGUCGUGCCAACCGGAAUUGUCCUAUAGACCAACACCACCGCAAUCAGUGUCAGUACUGCCGCCUGAAGAAAUGCCUCAAAGUUGGGAUGAGGCGGGAAGCGGUUCAGCGAGGAAGAAUGCCUCCAACUCAACCAAACCCAGGCCAGUACGCGUUGACGAAUGGGGACCCUUUGAACGGCCAUUGCUAUCUGUCUGGAUACAUCUCCUUACUACUGCGGGCCGAGCCUUACCCAACCUCUCGGUAUGGGAGUCAAUGUAUGCAACCCAACAACAUCAUGGGCAUCGAGAACAUUUGUGAACUGGCUGCACGAUUGCUAUUCAGCGCCGUGGAAUGGGCCAGGAAUAUCCCUUUUUUCCCAGAUCUGCAGAUCACAGAUCAGGUGGCUCUGCUUAGGCUGACUUGGAGUGAGUUGUUUGUUCUGAACGCUGCCCAGUGCUCGAUGCCGUUGCAUGUGGCUCCUCUGCUGGCCGCUGCCGGGCUCCAUGCCUCGCCAAUGUCUGCAGACAGGGUGGUUGCUUUCAUGGAUCACAUAAGGAUCUUCCAGGAACAAGUCGAAAAACUGAAAGCCCUCCACGUCGAUUCGGCAGAGUACAGCUGUCUGAAAGCUAUUGUGCUAUUCACAUCAGACGCCUGUGGCCUGUCGGAUGCUGCCCACAUAGAAAGCCUGCAGGAAAAAUCUCAGUGCGCUCUGGAAGAAUAUGUGAGGAGCCAGUACCCGAACCAGCCGAGCCGUUUUGGCAAGCUCCUACUGCGAUUGCCUUCUCUCCGCACCGUCUCCUCCUCGGUCAUCGAACAGCUCUUCUUCGUCCGUUUGCUGGGUGCAAUUUCACGUCUGAGAUAUCCAUCUGAAAGCGACUCUCAUUUAUUAUACCCACUUGUCAGGGAAUACGUUUCAAACCCUGGACCGAAGAAUCUGAAUUCCAGCUUCCAUCCACCUAGCAAAAAAAAAGUCGUUCUUCAAAAAGUUGAGGUCAGGUAUUUUCCUAUUUGUCCAAAGGAGUGCACAAGUGCACAGGCUCGAGUCUUGUCAUGUCAAUUAUUGGCGAUUCCAUUACAAUCUUCUCCAGCGUAUUCUCUGAUUGAAGAUAACCAGGCUCGUUGUACAUUUAAUUGUAACACUUAGAAAUAAGUUCACGGAUUUUAAGACAUACGAAGUUUAUGCCAGUUCUCAUACAAAUGUAAAAAAUACUAUGAUUUCCUGAAUAUUUAAUGAUUCGAAAUAUUGUGUUAGCUUGACAUCGCGACCAGUUAUUGGUAUAAUCAAUCAUUGCCCAUUCCAUGAUGUCUUAUAUGAAAUACACAACAUCGCUUGCUUGGCAUCAUACCCUUUACAUCCCCUAAAAACAUGAACCAACUGUAUUAACACUGUGGGCAAAAGUGAAGUGGGGUGAGCGUGUUGCAGGCCUUGUUAAACUGUAUGUGAGACUGCAAUGUCACAAAAAAGGAAAGAUUUCUGAAAAUGCUCAGCUAUGAAAUGUACUUUCUGAUGUGUUACUAAUAAAAGAAGUGAUCUAAACAUCGUUCA